AUGUGGAUCAAUACAUGCUUUGACAAUCUUGGGCUUUACGCGCUGACAUCAAACUAUGACGAAGAAGACUUGAAGAAGUUCUACAGAGAAGACCAUGUAUUCUUCAAAGCCAUCAUUGGAGACUUCCACGCCAAUACUGGACUAAGGAGAACGUCUGAAGAACCUCACAUUGGAACUCACGGAUUAAAAUGGAACAAGCAGGGUGAGCUUGCAAAACAAUGCAGACAGGCGAUAAAAGAAAGUCUUAAAGAGAGGAGCAGCAGUAAUGGUCGAAGCCGCAGAGGAUAG